CCACCUAUCGAGGAGUAGAAGAUCCAAAGGAGGCGAGGCGCUGGGGGCAGAGUGGUGAGGCGACCGGGGGUACCAAAGCCGUCCCGUCCCCGGCUACCGUCGUCGGCGAUGGCGCAGCUCGUCCUCUCGGAGUGCUGCGGCCUUACGCCGCUCCGCCUGCGCGGGCGCGCCAUUGCGCUGCCGUCGCCUCCCCAGCUCGCCGCGGGGCCGCGCCGCCCCGUGGCCGCGGCCGCGGCCAUCCACCGCGACUGGGCGCUCCGCGUCUCCGCGCCCACCCGCCUCACCUCCGUCGUCGAGGAGGAGAACAGGGGCCCCUCACACGGAGGGGAAGGGGAGGAGGCCGCGGGUUCGUCGUCGGCGGCGGCGGGGGUAGGAGGGGAAGGAGGCGCGUUCGACCCUGGAGCGCCGCCGCCGUUCGGGCUCGCGGAGAUCCGCGCGGCCAUCCCGAAGCACUGCUGGGUGAAGGACACCUGGCGUUCGAUGAGCUACGUGCUGCGCGACGUCGUCGUCGUGCUCGGCCUCGCCGCCGCCGCCGCCCGCGUCGACAGCUGGCUCGUGUGGCCGCUCUACUGGGCCGCGCAGGGAACCAUGUUCUGGGCGCUCUUCGUGCUGGGGCACGACUGUGGACAUGGGAGCUUCUCAAACAACGCCAAGUUGAACAGCGUGGUUGGCCACAUACUCCACUCCUCCAUCCUUGUCCCAUACCACGGCUGGAGGAUUAGCCACAGGACGCACCACCAGAACCACGGUCAUGUCGAGAAGGAUGAGUCCUGGCACCCGCUGCCUGAGAGGCUGUACAAUAGCCUGGACAAUAUGACGAAGAAAUUGAGGUUCACCAUGCCGUUUCCCAUGCUGGCAUUCCCUCUAUACUUGUUUGCAAGGAGUCCAGGGAAGACAGGUUCACACUUCAACCCAAGCAGUAGUCUGUUCCAACCAAACGAGAAGAAGGAUGUGUUGACAUCAACUGCAUCCUGGCUGGCCAUGGUGGGCAUUCUCGCUGGCCUGACAUUUGUGAUGGGGCCUCUUAAGAUGUUAAAGCUCUAUGCUGUUCCUUACAUGAUGUUUGUAAUGUGGCUGGAUUUUGUGACAUACUUGCACCAUCAUGGCCAUGAAGACAAGCUUCCCUGGUACCGUGGAAAGGAAUGGAGCUAUCUGCGUGGAGGAUUGACAACACUUGAUCGGGACUAUGGGUGGAUUAACAACAUCCACCAUGACAUUGGAACCCAUGUCAUUCAUCAUCUUUUCCCACAAAUCCCACAUUACCAUCUUAUCGAGGCAACUGAGGCCGCAAAACCAGUGCUUGGAAAGUACUACAAAGAACCAGAGAAGUCAGCUCCCCUCCCAUUCCACUUACUUGGGGUGCUAGCGAAGAGCUUAAAGAGCGACCGCUAUGUUAGCGACACAGGAGACGUAGUGUACUACCAAACUGACUUGAAAACUAGUUCUUCGGUACAGAGCUCUGAUUGACAGAACAUUAGUCUAUAGCUUAUUUUUCGAUUUCUCAGGAGCCUGGGUGUAACAUCUGACCAGCCUCCCGGGACAAUUGCAUCGUUGAGCCUAGAAUUGCAAAGAAUUAUCAUUUUAAAGGAGCAUAGGUGUAAUUCUUUCGAAUGAUUGAAGACGGAGAUCACCUCUGAUGUAACAAACAUGUGAUUCUUUGGACAAGAUAAUAUAUAAUACAGUAAAGAGCGAUGAACAAUGUCUUACCGA